UUUUGUGCUUUUAAUUCAAGACGUCCGAUAACAUAUAUAUCAACUGUAAGAAGUGUAUAGGAUGCAUAUCAAGUUUUGUUGCUUCUAAGACAUAUUGCAAGUACCCGCUAGGACGAUCGAUUUUGUAACUAGCACGUACUUCUAAAUCUCCCUCUUUCAGAAUGGUUGAACCCUGAAUAUGGUUCAGCUGUCUUGGACCAGCCCGUUUAGUAUAGAUGAGUUGGCUACUAUCAUGUUGGAUGCAGCAACAUGGAAGGUUAUGGAUUUUUGUCAGUUCGCAUCAGUUCUUGGUCUUUGUUGCAUAAGCGGUUGGCAUAUUAAUAAACAGAAGUUCUUCGUAAGUAAAGGGUAUGCAUAUCGUAAGGGUUAUGGGUUAUCUGGAUCAAAGGCUGUGAACAAACAUUCGUUUUUAUAAACUUUCUGUUAAGACCGGAUAUGAAGACCACGUGGUUUACUGAUGUUAUAUUGUAGUGAUGACACAGAAAAUUCCUGGUACAAGGAGAUACUGCUUAUUUGAGAAGCAAUUGUAUGUAUCAGUUAGUAUUGAAAACAGAAAGAUGUGUUAUCUACCAGGAGUUUGAAGACCAAAUAAUUGACUUAAUGGAAGACUUCAUGUGUUGAGAAGACACUUUAAUAAUAAUAAAAAAAACAACAGACAACAGGUGUCUAGUUAUUGAACAUGCUGAUAAUGAGUAACAAUGAAUAACACUCUCCUUGUUUUCUUGUAUGCCGAAGAAAAUCUGGAUGCCUUUUACUUCUUCACACUUUUAUAUUAAAACGUUGUUGACAAAAUAAUAGGUGAUUUCAUUUAUACAAUAUGUCUUGGCAAAUGACCAAACCCCCUACAUCUCGUCACGUACCACCUCUUUGGGCUAACCUCCCCCCUGCCCUCUGGUCAGCUCUUAUGGAGGACGGGGGUGCAUGUUCUCAGUCUGAUUCGUGUUCAGAAUCAUCAAUGUUUUCUUCUAAAGUUUCCUCGGAUGGAUGUGAUUCCGAUUUAGAAGGUGAUAUCACUCAAAAAGGGUAUGAGAAGAAGAAAGCCAAGUUAGUAGGUCCUUAUCUCCCAAGCCACGCAGCAGCGCCACCUAUCGUUCCCGGUGCCGCCAGUCCUUCUACCCGAGCAAAGCGGCUUGCUCGGCGAGCUCAACGAAGACUCACAAGACACGAGAGUCGAUAUCACUCAGAAGUCAGACAGGAGGCCGUUCAGCAGGCCAUAGCUGCUAUGCAGAAUAGAGGCAAACCAUCUGUCCCAAUGCCUUCCAAGAGAACCUCUGUAAUGGCCACAUCACCUUCUAGAGAAAGACAUCGAUCAGACUCCUCAUCAGAUGAAGAUAGUGUUCUGAAUGAGGGCAGUACGCCUGAACAAGAAAGGUGUUCUCGUCCCUUUCAUCAAAUCUUGGGGGUACAAUCUGACACUUCCAGUACCUCCUCAGCCAGGGAAACUCCUCCCCCUCGUCAAACAAAUAUUCGCUUUGACAAUAGCAGUAGAGGAGGUUUUGAGUUGGAACGUAGUGGUAGUCGACAUGAAGGAGUGACAAAUCUUGCAGAUGUGAUGCAGAAUCUUACACCUAAUUUGAGUAUUCAACCAGAUCUCACUAGCAACACUGAUUUUCGAAGUCAAGGAGACCAGUUACAUAGCUAUAACCAGGCUCAUAUGUCUUCAGUGCGUAUGACACAAUACUCAGCUACAGGCUUAGAAUACAAUACAGGAACUGGUAAAUGGAAAGUUUCAUCCAAAAUUCAGCAACUGCUCAACACAUUAAAGCGGCCAAAAAGAAAACCUUUACCAGAGUUCUAUGUGGAUGAUGAAACACACUUAGAGAUUUCAGCUAACCAACUCCACCCAAAUUCCCCUCAACCAGAAGGAAGCACAAUGAACCCUCAUUUAGGUGAACAGCUUAUGGUGCCAUCUGGCCUUCCCAAAAAUUUGGAAGCAGCCAUUCAAAGAUAUGGUUCUGCCACUUUCAAAGCCCCUGUAGUUACUGUUUUAGAUACCAAUGGCAAGAUUGGAAGUCCUCUGACAUAUGGAAAGCUGCUAAGUCGUGCACAGAAAAUAGCUUAUAAUAUUUUGAACAAAACAGGACUGAAAGGGGAAGAUGGAAUUAAACAAGGAGACAGAGUUGCCCUUGUCUACCCCAACAAUGACCCAGUGUCAUUCAUGUGUGCUUUCCAUGGAUGUCUGAUAGCAGGUGUAAUACCUGUACCCAUUGAGGUUCCUCUUACAAGAAGGGAUGCUGAUUCAUUGCAGAUAGGGUUCUUGUUAGGAAAUUGUGGGGUUAACUUCGCACUAACUUCAGAAGCCUGUUACAAGGGCUUACCUAAAACUUCAGCAGGGGAGGUCCAUACUUUUAGAGGCUGGCCAAAUCUACACUGGUUUAUCACAGAUCAUCUAAGUAGACCCCAGAAAGACUGGAUGCCUCCACCUAAAUUAUCAGAUGAGGCUACUGCUUACAUAGAAUACACUGUUGACAAAGAUGGUUCUAUGAAAGGUGUAACUGUAACUAGGUCAGCCUUGGUAAACCAUUGUCGAGCUCUAACUGCAGCUUGUAAUUAUACUGAAGGUAUGUAUUUUGUAUUUAUGUUGCUUUUACUAAGACCUGGCCGAUCAGGACCGGGUUCUAGCGGUAGAGGAGUGUUGUCCAUGUCAGCUCUCAGUCAUGGAGUAAUCCGAGUGGAUCAAGAAAACAGUCUUACAUCUCUUACUUUACAAGAUUGUGGAUUGGUUAUGCCUGGUGCUCAGGUAGCUGUUGUGAAAGUGAAUGAACAGCCACAUUUAUGUAAGACUGAUGAAAUUGGGGAACUCUGUGUAAGCUCUUUGAUGACUGGAAGUGCUUACUGGGGGCUUCAAGGGCUCACCAACUCUAUAUUUAAGGUUCAACUAUUACAUCCAGAUGGGAGGCCUGCGAGUGAGCAGAAUUUUAUAAGGACUGGUUUGUUGGGCUUUCUUGGUCCAGGAGGACUUGUUUUUGUUUGUGGUACCCGAGAUGGUUUAAUGCAAGUCAGCGGGAGGAAACAUAACAGUGAUGAUAUCAUAGCUACUGUUUUAGCAGUGGAACCAAUGAAGUUUAUUUACCGUGGCAGGAUUGCUGUGUUUUCAAUUCGUGUGCUCAGGGAUGAAAGAAUAUGUGUGAUAGCAGAACAACGACUGGACUGCACUGAGGAAGAGAGCUUUCAGUGGAUGAGCAGAGUUUUACAGGCAGUUGAUGGUAUUCAUCAAAUUGGAAUUUACUGUUUAGCCUUAGUACCACCAAACUUUUUGCCAAAGACUCCUCUGGGUGGAAUUCACUUAUCAGAAACUAAACGAAUGUUUCUGGAAGGAAAUCUUCAUCCCGUUAAUGUGUUAAUGUGCCCCCACACAUGUGUUACCAAUCUUCCUAAACCUAGGGAAGUUCAUUCAGAGGUAGGACCAGCAUCAGUGCUGGUUGGCAGUAUGGUUCAGGGUGUUAGACUGGCAUCAGCUCAGGGAAGGGAUGUGGCACUAGUCGAAGAUGUAAGUGAUGCCACACGCAAAUAUCAGUUCAUUUCAGAAGUUCUUCGAUGGAGAGCAACUACCACUGCAGAUCACAUUGUUUUUACAUUGCUAAACUCCAAAGGAGGAGUUUCAUCAUCUCUAACUUGUUCACAACUACAAAAGAGAUCAGAGAGAGUUGGCUGUUUAUUGCUAGAGAAAGGGAAACUCAACACAGGUGACCAUGUGGCUCUUGUCUACCCUCCUGGUGUUGACCUUAUCUGUGCCUUCUAUGGCUGCCUUUAUGUUGGUGUUGUACCGGUUUGUAUUCGGCCUCCUCACCCUCAGAAUUUACAGACAACACUACCAACUGUCAGAAUGAUUGUAGACAUCAGUAAAUCUGCAAUAGUUUUAUCUACUGCACCUGUUAUCAAGCUACUGAAAUCCAAGGAAGCAGGUAAUGUGGUGGAUAUCAAAUCAUGGCCUACAAUACUGGACACUGAUGACCCACCCAAGAAACUAACAAAUAUCUAUAGGGCUCCUACUCCAGAAAUGAUUGCUUAUCUGGACUUCAGUGUUAGCACAACAGGAAUGUUAGCAGGAAUAAAAAUGUCUCAUGCUGCUGCUACCUCUCUCUGUAAGAGUAUGAAAUUGGCUUGCGAACUCUACCCAUCUCGUCAUGUAGCUUUAUGUUUAGAUCCAUAUUGUGGGUUGGGCUUUGUGCUCUGGUGUCUGAGUAGUGUCUACUCUGGCCAUCACUCAAUCCUCAUUCCUCCCUCUGAAAUAGAAGUUAAUCCAGCUCUGUGGUUGUCUGCCUUAAGCCAGUUUAAAGUUCGGGACACUUUCUGUUCAUAUGGGGUGAUGGAGAUAUGUACCAAGGGAUUAGCAUCCUCUAUCAACCAGCUCAAGCAACGAGGUGUCAACUUGAACUGUGUUCGGACUUGUGUGGUUGUAGCAGAAGAAAGACCCAGAGUUUCUCUCAGCAAUUCUUUUUCCAAGCUUUUCUCCAGCCUAGGACUUUCUCCUCGGGCAGUCAGUACCAGUUUUGGGUGUAGAGUCAAUGUAGCUAUUUGUCUUCAGGGAGCAUCUAGUCCUGACCCAACGACUGUAUUUGUAGAUGUACGUGCCCUUAGAAAUGACAGGGUAACACUAGUUGAGAGAGGAGCACCUCAUAGCCUGUGUCUUGUAGAAUCUGGGAAGUUGUUGCCUGGGGUUAAAGUUGUUAUAGCUGAUCCUGAGACCAAAGGUCAUUGCGCUGACUCACACCUUGGGGAGAUUUGGAUACAGUCCCCUCACAAUUCUACUGGCUACUUCACCAUCUAUGGAGAUGAAUCACUCCACAAUGACCAUUUUAAUGCACGUUUAAUGACGGGUGACACUGCACAAACAUAUGCUCGUACUGGCUACCUAGGGUUUUUAAGAAGAACUGAGUCAGUACAGGCAGAUGGUGAGCUCCAUGAUGCAGUGUUUGUAGUUGGGGCUCUUGAUGAAACAAUCAUGCUGCGAGGUAUGAGGUACCAUCCCAUUGACAUUGAAAACAGUAUUCUACGCUGUCACAAAAAGAUAUCAGAAUGUGCUGUGUUUACUUGGACCAACCUGUUGGUGGUGGUGGUAGAGCUUGAUGGAAAUGAAAAUGAAGCUCUAGAUCUGGUACCCUUGGUGACUAAUGUUGUCUUGGAAGAACACCAGCUCAUUGUAGGUGUGGUUGUUGUUGUGGAUCCGGGAGUAGUCCCCAUUAAUUCCAGAGGAGAAAAGCAGCGAAUGCAUCUUCGAGAUGGAUUUUUAGCCGACCAACUUGAUCCAAUCUAUGUGGCAUAUAACAUGUGACCAAAUGACUACUCUUCAUGAGUUACAUGGCAAAACCUUUUGACCAAUCAGUGAUAUCUGUUACUACAUGUCUUUUUUUUAUUAUUAAUUUCCAAAAAAAAAGAUGGAUGUAAACUUCUUAUCAGUCUGAAAAAUAGCAUUGGAAAGUUUAUAUAUAUAUAUUAUGGACCAUUUCCAACCACCUUAAAACAGCUUGGUUAUACUUAAGUAGCUAUUAUAAUAAAAGAUGUAUGUACCCUGUGAAGACAUGGUUUAUUCAUACAUCAUAAAGAAGUACUCUUUAACCUAUCCAUGGGACAUAUAGACAGAUCAAUAUGUUGUGAGUGGUAGUCUAUACUUGAUUAAACAAUCACUUUAACUUAAAACAAAGUUGAAAUUAUAUUUUAAUUUGCAAGUUUUCAUCAAUGGGUCUGUUAUCCUGCAAAAGGCCCUAGACAGUUAAAUGAAGUUAACUCAUGUUAAGACUGCUGUUUUUCAUUUUACGACAUGCACUUAGAAAUGAAGCAUCCAAGAAACGUGCUGACCCUUGGAUCUUACAAAACAGGAAUCAGUAACUAAGAUUCUAAUAGUAUUGCCUAAUGUGAAAGGUUUUUAAACACCUCUGUAAUAAAUAUUGUCUUGGUUAAGUAGGUUUUACAAAUACUUUACAUAUCAAAAAUUAGGAAGUUAAUUAAACAUUAUCUCCUUAGUAGUACUGUGAAGUUAAUAACUUUUAAAAGGUUGCAGUAACAGCACUAUAUCAGGCUGCAUAACCAAAAGAGAAACUUGAAGUUUUUAAUUUAUUGAUCCAUAGUUUAGGUUUUAAACAGGAUUUUCUUUUUACCUACUAUGUUAUUUAUCAUUAUUGAUUCAAUGUUUAUGUAGCAUUUAUACUUAAUAUCACAUUGCUAAUAUAUUUAGAAACCACUAGGUUAAUUAUGAUAAGGUGAUAAGUAACACCUAGUAUGUAGAAAGUUGUUUACCACUUCCAAGGUGUUCCAUGAAAUGUGAAACCUGUAUUAAGUUCACAGUACUAGGACUGAUAAAUUUUAAUGUUUCAGUUUAGUGCAAAGUCUGUCAGGAAAAACAUUUUUUUAUAACUUACAGCAUGUCACUUUUUAGGAAACUUUGGUAAUCUAUAUAGAGAGAAGUAAAAUUUAAUGUUUUUGUUUGCUUCAAACCAAAGAACUCUAUAAUACGUUCACAUUUGAUGGACACAAGUGUCAUCAUAUGAGUGUAUCGAAUGUUUUAAGUUUUCGAGUGGAAAAAAGACUAUGUGUAAGUAUUGAAAUGAAGUUUUUCUCAUUCAAAGGCACUUUUUUAGAUAUAGAAUAAACAAAGUUGCUUUGAAUACACAUAUAAACUCGUAUUUUCAUGUCUCCCCUCCUCCCCAUUGAUUUGAGUGCUUAUAAUGCCAGAUAGCCCAUUAUCCAGCUUUGCCCUUUGAACAAAAACAAACAUAUUUUCAUGCAUAACUUAAGAAUUAUAUUUUUUUGUUUUAAUAUUGCUUCAUAAAUCAAUAACUUUUUUAUUUUAAAAAAUUAAAUUAUCGUUCAUCAAAACGUGUUAUAGUAGUUGAAUUCAUCUUCUUAUAAAACUUAUUUAAUAGAUUGUUCAAGCAGAGUAUUCAUGAUGAUUACAUUGGAAUGGGUGUCAAUUGUCUGUUGUAGAAAAAAUACAAGUAUAGAGGACAACGUUUGUGAAGUAUUCCAUCUUUAGGUCCUCAAGAUGGAUGAUUUUGUAAACGUCGUCCACUACACUUGUGUUUUUAUACAACAGGCAGUUGCCACCAGUUCCAGUUUACUCAAUAAUGUACAUAUUUAGCUAUAAUGAUUAAGAAAUUUUACACUUAGCUAAUUUGAAAAACAGAGCCUAUAUAUUAAACCAAAAUAGGUUUGAUGUAUGACUCUCAGAUUAUUUCAAACAUGGUAAUAAGAAGAUUAAACAUUAACGGUAAAGUUCAUAGUGGAUUUUGUGAAACAAAUUUAGCUGAUUCCUACAUAAGUAAGAAAUCCUGUACCCAGAAAGCUUUGUUAAGUAAGUCUGUCCUUUGUAUAUGUCAGAUUUUAGUGCCUGUUAAUACUUAGAGUAGGUUCUAAGGAUACUGAAUAGUAUGAAGAAAGUCCUAUAUAGAUUCAGUACUUCAAUGAAUCCAGCCAUUAAACUUUAAUUUUGUGUAUUUUAUGCUGCUUUUAUUUUUCUAAUGGUUUAUUAUCAUUAUUUCUCUACUCAGUUUGAAGUAAAGCAGUUUAAGGUAUUAAUGUGUGUAGAUUUUGAGUGAAAUGCAUUUUGGUAGUUAUUAUAUCUUCAUUUUUGUACAUAGAAGUUUGUAUAAAAAAAGAAAAAAUAUAUGUAUUAAUCCAUUCAAAUCAGAUAAGAGUUGAUAAGUAGAUGUACAGUAUGGUGACAAGAGAUUUCAUACUUUGCCCAGUGAAUAGUUUCAAAAAUGAGUUUUUGCAAAAAAUGAUUGAAAAGUCAUUAAUAUAUAGAUGUGUGGAAACUGUCCAUAGAGCAUAAUAUUUCCAUGUUAUAGUACUGAUAAAUAUUAAUAUAACCAUCAGAAAUCACUAAGUUAAAAGUUUUGAAGCUUGUUUAACAGCUUAUUAACAUAGGAUAUAGAACAAAAUUGAUCAGUUCAAUUUAUUAGGUAAUAUUUGUUGUUAGAGAAAUGAGGAAUUCCUUGUUAAUGGAAUCAAUCACAAUAUGGCUGUUAUGCAUGAAAUUUCAAAUUGACAACAGAGAUGUAAUAUAUGUGGCAGCAAAGUAACCUACAUAUAGCAGUAUGUAAUACACGUUUUAAUAAAAAUGCAUUGUUAUUCA